GACAAACCUAAAUCGACCAAAAAGCCGCUCUAAUGACGCCGAAAAUUCGAACAGCAAGAACCUUGAGGACGAGUAGGGAGAAGAAGCGUUCGGAAGAAAUUAUGCCUAGUCCGUUCGUUACCAAUGGUACGGUCGUAUACGGUUCGUAUAGACUGAAGGAAGUGAUCUGUAAUGAUCGGUCUCCUUGUUGUAGAUUAGUCGAGCUUUAUGCUAAGAUGGGCCUCCAUCGUUACAAUUUGCUUAAGGGUGAAAACUAUCAGUUCGUUUGCGUACAGAAAUACCAUUACAGAUUGAUUCUGGCUCCUUCCACUUACUUCAUAACUGUGGUUGCCACGGAUCCAUCUACCUCAUUGCCCCAAACUUUUCAUAUUAGAAUUGAGGAAGAUCGGCAUGCCGCCUUUAUUUUGAAGUGCAAUAUUUCUAGGAUCCAAGGGGAAUUCAAUAAGUUCGACGGGGGUCUAUGCUACCCAGGUAACAUGCCUGAGUGGCCGACAGAGGAUCCUUUCGACAAUGGAAAGCGGUUUUACGUGUUGAAUGAUUCAGAGCUGCAAGACAAUGAGUGGAUUCGUCUAUACUUGGAACUUGCAGUCACCAAACAUUUAAGUACCCAGAUGGAUCCUGAUCUGUCCGAGUUGAAGAUUGUGAAUGCGGCAAUAGAUAUCCAAGUUCUGAAUGAGGGGCUCAAUGCCAUAAAUGCAACUGUCUACAUAAGUUACAAGGACUCGUGCGAGGCUCGUGUUGGUAAGGAUGUUGAUCGCAUAGCUAUAGUUAGAAGAAACUUUGAUGAGCGUACAGGAUGCUUCACCCUCAUGGGUAUGCAUCAGAGUUCAGAAACUAUACCAAAAAAGGGUGCGAAUCAGAGUGAGGCUGGGGUUGGUAAGGAUGUCGAUAACAUUAGAAGAAGCUACAGUAAGCAUACGAGUUGCCAAGAAACAGGAUUUGAGUGCAGAAAAAAUGUGCAAGAAUCAUGAGCGUGUUAUCCCGCGUUUACACGUCCGCAAAUUGUGGCGGUUUUUGUGUCCUAGGCAGCACAGGGCAUACAAAAAGCGUGGCGUUCGCUUGUCUCUUGCUCUGCACAAGAAGACAUGAUCCAUUUGAAAAUGUGGAUUAGAGAGAAUAAAACUAUUAAUGGUUGCCUACCAUGUUAUUUUAUGCGUUAAGUGGAUUUGUUUAUGUUCAACUGGUGUGGUUUAAAACGUGAUUUAAUUCUACUAAAA